AUGGCAGUUUUGGAACAGGCAGAAAGAAAGAAUCCUCCCUGUGAGAGCGGUGAAGAGGGACUAAACCUUCCAAUCGCCUGUCAGUCGACCUGCAUCUAUGAGGCAUUUUGUCCCCGACUCUGCAGAUCCGACUUGCUCGGCUGGAGCGUGUCUUCCCAGCAGCCGCCGACCAAUGAUGCUCCAAUCGCCCUCAAAUUCCUCCGACAGGGCUCGUUUCCCGAAAACCUGGAGAGGAACCAGAGUCCCGGUGGAGCAUCACCACACGUUGUUUCUUGUCGAAUUGCUGUCCAAAGAUCCCACCCGUUGUCUGCAUCACGAAAGCAGCAAGACGCUGCUCGCCUCUCCUCGGAGAUGUUCGUUGUUUUGCGGUUGCCCACAUGCAAGAAACAGACGGCAAGCAGCGCGGUUCUGCCAUCGAGCCCUCGCAUCGUGCAUCUUGUCGCUUCGUGUUACAGCCAGCCUUCGAGAGCAAGAAUAAUCUGGAUUGACGAGGAACGCUUGCUCUUCGCCUCCAUCUCGACUCUGAUACCACUCGGCGCUGCACGUCCAGGGUCAUUGGUUAUCUGGAGUCUCGCGCUUUGCCCCUUGGAAAUCACAUUGGACUGCUUGAUGGCGAUUAGCAAAAUCGGGAAUGAUAAUCUCUACGUUGGCGGCUUCAUGUCCCUGAGCAACUCGCUCGCCCUCAAAAAUGCAAACAUCACUCAUGUGGUGACUGUGAUGCGGGGUGGUGCGGACAAGGACCGUUUCAAAACCUUCAAGCAUCACCUCCACAUUGCUGUUGACGACAUGAGCGAUGAGGACCUUUUACAGCAUUUCCCCAUUACCAAUGCUUUCGUCCGGUCAGGCCUCGAGGAAGGAGGCGGCGUGCUUAUCCACUGUGCGAUGGGAAAAUCCCGAUCUGCGGCUGUCUGUAUAGCCUUUUUGCUGCAUCGAGACCCCACGGCCAUGGAUCCACAUGGAGUGCUAGCCAUUCUCCGCCAAUCUAGACAAAUGUGCGAACCGAACCCUGGUUUCAUGGAGCAGUUACUCCUUUACCAUCAGAUGGGAUGUCCUGAAAAUGUGACUGAUCAUCCACUGUAUCAACGCUGGUUAUAUCAGCGGGCUGUGGAGGAGAGUGUAGCAUGCGGACGUGGUCCCGAGCUCGAUGAGAUUCGGUUCGAGGAUCAGGCUGCUGAUGGGACUGAAGAAAAUGACAAGGCAACGGAAGUGAGGUGCCGGAAGUGCCGGUGA